UCCGCAGUGAGGACGCGUCGCCGGCGCCGUUCAGUGUCAAAGUCAGUUGUGCCUGAGCUUGUGCCAGAGACAGUCAGUUAGUUGCGCUGCGAGUCCGCCAUUCAGCUGGUUUCCGCUUCCGGUUCCGUGCGAGUUCUUUGGCUGAUAACCUGUGGUUGUGCAUCUUUUUCUAACGACUUUUGUAAACACAGAAUUUUUUCCAAAAAAUAACCCAAGCCCAGCGUAUUUUUCUAAACAUUUUUGAGCAAAAACCAGGUUUCGUCUCGUGAAAGUCAAAGUGCAAAUUGGCCCAGAAACAACAAGUAUAAUUCAUAAACUAGUUUCCAACACGGGACUGUGUGUGUGUGUGUGUACGAUUGUUGGGUCGUGUGUGUGUGCAAUUGAUUAAACAAAAUAAGGGUAACCUAGGCCAACUGCAAGCGGAGAGACCCCACCAAAAGCCGCGGACUAAAUAGCCAAAUAGCCGAGUGAACCCAAAUCCAGUGAGAUGGGCUGCAACACCAGCCAGGAGCUGAAGACCAAGGAUGGCGCGGCCCUCGAUGCGGUCAGCAAUGGCGAGGCGGAGCCCAGUGCUCCUCCUUUGGAGGGCGAGUCCUCCAAGUCAUCCGCGAACAAUCAUACAAAUCACGCCAAAUCAAGUUCAAUUAUCUCCAAUGGCGAUGCAAAGGCGGCCAACGGGGGCGGGGGCGUGGGCGGGGGCAGUGGCAAGUCGGAAGCAACAAAUGGCAUUGACCGACCCUGCGACAAGGCGGCAAUCACGGAGCUCAACGACGACGAGGACGAAGCAAAAGCCGCAACAAAAAUCCAAGCCGUCUUUCGAGGCCACAAAGUGAGAGAAACCAUGAAAAAAUCGGAAACCAAAACUGCGACCAACAACGGCAGUGCCGCCGCAGCUGCUCCAUCGGCAGCAGCCGCCGAGGCAGCCGCAUCCGCAGAGCCAACCAAAGCCGAACUAGAGGCUGAAUUCGAUCCCAACGACAAGGAUCUGUGCCAUGCUGCAUUGAAGAUUCAGUCCACUUUCCGUGGUCAUUUGGCACGCAAACUGGUCAACAAGGAUGCGCCCGAGGACGAGGACAUACAGGAGAUAACCAAGAAGGUGGCCGAGGAGUUGGACAUAGAUUUAACCGAUCCCGAGCUUAACAAGGCUGCCACCAAAAUUCAGGCCUCGUUCCGCGGCCACAAGACCCGCAAGGAUACCAACACCGAGUAAGGAGCCAGUAAGCCAGUUGAAUUUUGUUGGUCCUGGCUGGUCGAGUCACAGAUGAAGCUUAACUAAUGCAUAUGCAAGUGAAUAAAAAAUUUGGUAAAUUGUAAAUGUGUAAAAGGCCAAUCAAGAUGAAGGCACACAAUUGUAAACUUUUUAGUGAAUAUGUUUUAGCCCGAAUGGCAAAAAAGAAACCCAAAUGAUUCUCAUAAUAAUAUUAUACAAACUAAGUCGAGGGCAAAGUUACAUAUUAUUUGCAAAGCUUUAAUAAAUUAAUAAAGAAAGCAUAUUUUGCGGAAAAUGAUUCGAAAUAAGACGAUAUAUACAGAAACAUAUUUGCGGCUUGUCAUGUUUAAUUACUAACCUUUAGAAUCGUAAAUUUGCGUUAGUUAAUGUUUAAUUAAAUCCUAUUUGGUUUUUGGACAUUUGAAUUAAUCCCAAGACAGUAACCAAAACCAAACUAAAGUAAACUAAAGUUAAAUUUUCAAAGAAAAACCUAAUGUUACAAAACAAAACAAAAAAAUAAAAGGCACGAUGUUCCAUAAAAUUUAUUGUAGGAAAAUGCGAAACCAAACAAAAGACAAAUGCAAGGAAAAUGCUGAACAAAUUUUUGGGAAAUCAUUUCCAUUUUGUCUGGCCAAUGCCAAAAGUAUAAAAAUUAAUUGUACCUACAUGCAUACGGACAUGAAGUAAAAAC